GCGGGCGGCGGAACACGACUGCGGCGGCCGGCGGCCUCGGCGGGGGGGCGGAGCCGCUGCCGCUGCCGCCGCAACCCCGGUCGGGAUUUGAAAGAUUAAAAACUGGUGGAGAGGGCGGCGGCGUUGAAUGUGUGGCGGAAGCGCUGUGGGCCACGGCUCGGCGCCGGGCCGGGCAGCCGGCGGCAUCUCCACAGCAUGAAUUACCCGGCCCACGGGCCUCCGCGAAACCCCGAGCAUAACGGCCGGGGCGGCGGCGGCGCCGCCGCCGCUUGGGAGCUGGGCUCGGAUGCGGGGCCGGCGUUCGGCGGCAGCGUCUGCUGCUUCGACCACCUGCCCGCCGGGGACCCGGGCGACGACGAGGUGCCCCUGGCCCUGCUGCGUGGGGAGGCCGGUCUGCAUUUGGCGUCGGGAGCGGAGGACCACAACCACCACCUGGCGCUGGACCCCUGCCUCAGUGACGAGAACUAUGACUUCAGCUCGGCCGAGUCGGGCUCCUCGCUACGCUACUACAGCGAGGGCGAGAGUGGUGGCGGCGGCAGCUCCUCGUCGUUGCACCCGCCACAGCAGCAGCCGCUGGUCCCGACGAACUCGGGGGGCGGCGGGGUGGCCGGAGGGGGGCCUGGGGAGAGGAAGCGCACCCGGCUUGGCGGCGCGGCCGCCCGGCACCGCUACGAGGUGGUGACGGAGCUGGGCCCGGAGGAGGUGCGCUGGUUCUACAAGGAGGACAAGAAGACCUGGAAGCCCUUCAUCGGCUACGACUCGCUCCGCAUCGAGCUCGCCUUCCGAACCCUGCUGCAGGCCACCGGAGCCCGGGCCCGGGCGCAGGACCCGGACGACGACCAUGUGGGCGGCCCGGCCUCCCCCGCGGGGCCGGCCUCCAGCUCCGUGGAGGACGACGCCGAGGACCGCGUCUGCGGCUUCUGCCCGCGCAUUGCGGGGCACGGGCGCGAGAUGGAGGAGCUGGUGAACAUCGAGCGGGUGUGUGUGCGGGGCGGCCUCUACGAGGUGGAUGUGACCCAAGGAGAAUGCUACCCGGUGUAUUGGAACCAGUCCGAUAAAAUACCAGUAAUGCGUGGACAGUGGUUUAUUGAUGGUACUUGGCAGCCGCUAGAAGAAGAAGAAAGUAAUUUAAUUGAGCAAGAACAUCUUAGCCGUUUUAGAGGUCAGCAGAUGCAGGAAAGUUUUGAUAUUGAAGUGUCAAAACCCAUAGAUGGAAAAGAUGUUGUCUACCACCUCCCUCCCUUCUCCCUCCCUUCUCUGUUCAAAUGGAGAGGAUAUAAGGAGAGUACAGAUGCGGCAGGUCUUAAACGAAAGCGUUCCCAAGCUAUUCAUAGUUUCAAGUUGAGUCGAAACCACGUGGACUGGCACAGUGUGGAUGAAGUGUAUCUUUACAGUGAUGCAACAACGUCUAAAAUUGCGAGAACAGUUACUCAAAAGCUGGGAUUUUCUAAAGCGUCAAGUAGUGGGACCAGACUUCAUAGAGGUUAUGUAGAAGAAGCCACAUUAGAAGACAAGCCAUCACAGACUGCCCAUAUUGUAUUUGUUGUGCAUGGCAUUGGGCAGAAAAUGGACCAAGGAAGAAUUAUCAAAAAUACAGCCAUGAUGAGAGAGGCUGCAAGAAAAAUAGAAGAAAGGCAUUUUUCCAACCAUGCAACACAUGUUGAAUUUCUGCCUGUUGAGUGGCGGUCAAAACUUACUCUGGAUGGAGACACUGUUGAUUCCAUUACUCCAGACAAAGUGCGAGGUUUAAGGGAUAUGUUAAACAGCAGUGCAAUGGACAUAAUGUAUUAUACUAGCCCACUUUAUAGAGAUGAACUAGUUAAAGGCCUUCAGCAAGAGCUGAAUCGAUUAUAUUCCCUUUUCUGUUCUCGGAAUCCAGACUUUGAAGAAAAAGGGGGUAAAGUCUCAAUAGUGUCACAUUCCUUGGGAUGUGUAAUCACUUAUGACAUAAUGACUGGCUGGAAUCCAGUUCGACUCUAUGAACAGUUGCUGCAGAAGGAAGAAGAGUUGCCUGAUGAACAAUGGAUGAGCUAUGAAGAACGUCAUCUUCUUGAUGAGCUCUAUAUAACUAAACAACGGCUGAGAGACAUAGAAGAACGGCUACACGGAUUGAAGGCAUCAUCUAUGACACAAACACCUGCCUUAAAAUUUAAGGUUGAAAAUUUCUUCUGUAUGGGAUCCCCGCUGGCAGUUUUUUUGGCAUUGCGUGGCAUCCGCCCAGGAAACACUGGAAGUCAAGACCAUAUUUUGCCCAGAGAGAUUUGUAACCGAUUACUAAACAUUUUUCAUCCAACAGAUCCAGUGGCUUAUAGAUUAGAACCGUUAAUACUGAAACACUACAGCAACAUUUCACCUGUCCAGAUCCACUGGUAUAAUACUUCCAAUCCUCUACCUUAUGAGUAUAUGAAGCCAAGCUUUCUUCACCCAGCAAAAGAACCUACCUCAAUUUCAGACAGUGAAGGCAUUUCAACAAUACCAAGCCCUGUGACUUCACCAGUCUUGUCCCGCCGACACUAUGGGGAAUCUAUAACAAAUAUAGGCAAAGCAAGCAUAUUAGGGGCUGCGAGCAUUGGAAAGGGACUUGGAGGAAUGUUGUUCUCAAGGUUCGGACGUUCAUCUGCAUCACAGCCAUCUGAGGCAUCAAGGGACUCUGUGGAAGACGAGAAGAAGCCGGUUGCCUCACCUCCCACGUCCACUGUGGCAACGCAGACCCUUGCACAUAGCAGUUCUGGCUUUCUUGACUCUGCAUAUUUCAGACUUCAAGAAUCGUUCUUUAAUCUCCCACAACUUCUUUUUCCGGAAAAUGUAAUGCAGAAUAAAGAUAAUACCCUCGUGGAAUUGGAUCACAGAAUUGAUUUUGAACUCAGAGAAGGCCUUGUGGAGAGCCGCUAUUGGUCAGCUGUCACAUCGCAUACUGCCUAUUGGUCGUCCUUGGAUGUUGCCCUCUUUCUUUUAACCUUCAUGUACAAACAUGAGCACGAUAAUAGUGCAAAACCCAACUUUGAUCCAGUCUGAACUGUUGAAGGACAUUAAUGGCCCAAAACUGAUUCUUUUCUGUUAAAAUAUAUGUGUCAACAUGUGGAAGUUUCAGGUUUAAGUAUGUUUCACUUUUGUUUAGGGUAAGAAAUAAUUGAAUUUAGAAGCACUUUAUUUUACUUUAAAAAACAAAACAAAUGUCCAGUCCGAAAGAAGUUAUUUAUAGUUUUCAUCAUUUUAAGUAUGAGUCUGACAGAACCCCCUGCAGAGAAUCAAGCAAGACCUGGAAGUAAGGAGGACUUGGGUGGACUGCAAGGUUAUAGAUCACAAUCUAAUUUCUCCCAAAUAUAAAGGCAUAUUAAUGAGUUGAAUCUAAUGUAUUAACCAAAAUAUGUUAUAAAUCUAAAAUGAUCAAGGUCCAGGGUAUUCUACGUAAAGAUCACAAGGUGGUAUCAUUGUUUUCGAUCUCCAUGAAAACUUCCAUUUCCACAAUUUCUUUGAAACAUGAGUAACAGAUUUUAAAUGUUUUGAAUUUAACUUGUUUAGAAAAACUAAUGCUAAAAUAGAGACAACAUUUGAACUAUUGUAUUUAUAGUUUAUUACCUCUGACUAAUUGUUUUAUGUCAAUGUAUGAAACAUUACAUUUUUUUAAAUGUUUCCUUUGAACAAUUUAAGAACCACAUUUAUUUUCUAUAGCGUUAAGGCCCUUUUUUCUCAGAACUCCAUCUUUGUACUCUUCAGAUGAAUAUAUAGACACUGUGGCAUACUUCCAGCAUUGUUUUCAUUAAAAAGUUGUAGUUUUACACGAAUAACACUAGUUCAAUUAUUUUGAAAAAAAAUGAACUUUUUAUUAUGUCACAUGUACCUCAGAGAAAGCUAAAGUUUUCUAAACUUGACAUGGAAUACUCCAUAAUGGGUACAUUUAAUAAACUUUACUGGAAAAUUAGUAAACUUCUUUGGAGUAGGGAGUAUGACAACUAAAUUUUAAGUAUAUAAGCAUCUGUGUGCCAAACAAUUAACAUAUAAAAAGGGGAUGGAGUGCCACUAACAAAUUUUAUUUUUAAAGUGUUUAAGGAAUCGUAAUUGAGACAUAGACACAAUGGUUCAGGAUUCUGAGGCAUUGAAAGAGUUUCCUCAGCUGUAAUUUUUUCCACAGUGCUUUUCAUCUGAGGAGCUCAAAGUGCUUUGCGAUUUAAUAAUCUAUGUAGUAGCUUCUUGAGGUAAGUAAAUGAGUGUUAUUCUCAUGUUACAUGUUAGUACACUAAGGCACCAAAACAUUUAAAGUGCCUUGAAUUAGAUUACAGAGCAAAUCAGAGCUCAGACUGAAGACAGACCAUAUUCUUUUAUGUGCUGUUCAUUGACUGAUAAUUCACAUGUGACCUCUUGUUUUGCAAACAGUAAUAAUAACAGAAGUUGCAAUUCAUAA